AUGCGUUUCUCGCCGUCUCUGCUCGUCUGGCUGGCGACUGCUGCGCCGCUCUCAGCAGCUACAUGCAACCGCGGAUACGUGCCAUGCGAGGCCCAGGGCGCGGGCUCAGGAAGCCCUCCCUCCAUCGGCCCAGACAUGAUAGGUCUCUACGCGGACGUGGUCAACUCGGCGAACGGCCCUGGGUCGGGGUCACGGCCGGAGAGGAGGUCGCUGAACGAGAGACACGGCGUCUUUGCGCGAGAUAACGACCAGGCGAAUCUCUGCUGCAUGGAGCCGUCGACCGGUAUACGAUGCCUGCUGCUGAAGGGGGUCAAGAUAUCAUUCUGCUGGGACCGAUUUACCACCAACUACUACUUUGCGGACGGAUCCUACGGCAGCGUGACGACGGGCGAAUACCACCUGGCAAACGGCGACUCGGUCAACCUGAUCAUGGGCAACUAUACACGCUCCAACGGCGAGAAGGGCAACCUCUACGGUGAAGGAAACCCCAGCCCAAACCUCAGCACACUCCCGAUCCCUACCCAGUUCACCAGCAAGGGAGUUGGCACGGCAAUCCCAGGGAGCGAGCUUGGAGGCGCGGCUACGUAUACCCCCAGCGUCACCGUCAGUCAAGGCACAACUCGCGCUGCCUCGACGAUCCCGGCCACUACCAUCCCUGCCAGCACGAACAGUGAAGGCGUCAUCGUCCCUGGUACCACCGUCCAGGAAACUGUCGUACCGGGCACAACGGCUGGGCCGGCCACUGUCACCGUGACCGCGCCAGGGAAAAACCCAACUGCACCACCAAAUGCUGGCAGCCAGACGGUGCAGUUGGGACGCUCUUUGAUUGCGCCGGUGGUUGUACUGGCCUGUGCCAUUAUGUUAUGA